AUGAUGUAUGGAAGAAGAGCAAAACAAUUUUAUGAUGCAUCUAGAUUCUUUUUGUUUCCAGGUGUAAUGCUGGCUGCAUUUUUGCAAGUGUCUAUAUCGUACAGUCAGGGCACAAUGAUUGCCAACGAUCCGGUGAAGCUGGCCAAGUUGGUGUUUGGGUGUUUGGCCAUUUCGACAUUGGGUCAUUCGUUGUACUAUUUCAUAAACUCGUAUGUUGACUUUAUCUCUGGUGUCGACGACCCCAAGACAUCACACGAUCGUACACUUUUCGAUAGUGUCAAUGUAAACACUCUUUUCAAGUUUAUGAUGGUUGAUGUUGUCGGUCUCACCGUCAUCGCCUCCUAUCUAGUAAUGCAAUGUACCGGCGAGUACGAAUGGCUCAAGCCACUCUUUGUACUCUACCCAAUCGGUGUAGUUGCCAUCUCCAUCUCCUACACUCAUCUUAAAUACAUUGCUCUUGGCAAUGUAAACUAUUGCGUCUAUGUCAUCAUGACCACCGCCGUCUAUUACACCAUCCUUACCAAUGCUCUACCAGACAAGACCUUUUGGAUCUUUAAUGCCUUGACCUUUGUCUACUCGCAACUACCAAUUCUAGGAAACUACCAUCGUGAUCUUGAAGAAGAUGCCAAAGCCGGUAUUAAAACAGUCCCAAUUCUCUUGGGUAGAUAUAAUUCUUGGAUAAUGUUAAGUUGUCUAAUUAUUACUGGAUAUAUGAUUGUUUUACAUCAAUCAUUCUAUUACCAAUGUUAUGUUCUUUUAGCAAGUUUCAUGACAAUAUUCGAGUUUAAGAGAGUGAUGCUUAAAACAUACAAAGGUGAUCAUACAGCAUUAAACUAUUAUCUUGGUCGUGCCGGUUCAUUUACCUAUACAUUUCAUCUCAUCUCUUCUUCUUCUUCUUCUUCCUCUAUUACCACUGGUACUGAUACAAUAGUAUUAUUUAAAUCACAAAAAGAUGAUCAACAAGAUCCAUAUCUAAUGUUGUUUAAAGAGAAAAGAUUCAAUGUAGAGUUUAUACCUUUGCUAACUAUAAAGUUAAAUUGUAAUGAUCAACAAGUGUUGACAACAUUAAAGAAUAUUAGUACUAGUACUGGUGAUGAAAAGAAUUAUUAUUAUUCAUCAUUGGUUAUUACUAGUUCAAAUGCAAUGCAGUCAUUGAUUAAUAUAGUUGAAAAGAAUGAUGAUCAUAACCUUUUAUUAUUGGAUAUAUUAAGGUUGUUUAGAAAUGGUAUCUUUCUCGUUGGUGAAUCAUCUUUAAAUUUAUUAAUCAAAUAUCUACAACAACAACAACAACUCAAUACAAAUAAUAAUAAUAAUAAUAAUGAUGAUGGUACAUCAAUCAACGAAUUAAAAGAAAUGAUUAUAGUCGAAUCAAAUGCAAAUUUAUUAUCAAAUAGAAUUAUAGAGAAACAACAUAAAUCAAUUGACAACAAUAAUAAUAAUAAUAGAGUAUUAUAUUUAUGUGGAAAUAUUCGAAGAGAUGAAUUACCAUCAACUCUAAAAUCAAAUAAUAUCAUUUUGGAUGAAUUGAUUAUUUACGAAAAUACAACCAACAAUAACAGUACUACUAGUAGUGGUGGCCAAGAUGAAGAAGAAGAUAUGGUAUUGACAAGAUUAAACAUGAUAAAAGAUAGAAUUCAAUGGAUUGUAUUUUUUAGUCCAAGUGGAGUAGACUAUAUUAUAAAUAAUCAUAAAUCAUUAAUUCAUUCCGAAAGUAACACCGGUUGUGCUAAUAUUAGAAUAGCAUCAAUAGGACCAACUACAACAAAACAUUUAAAAGAACAAUAUGAGAUCACACCAAAUAUUACUUCAUCCUCUCCCAAUGCACAAUCACUCCUCAAUUCAAUUUUGGAAUAUAAUAAUAAUCAAAAAUGA